CCCCCGGAAGUAGAGACCUUGGCUAACACCGAUAGCAACAGUCUAGCGGGCUAACAGAAGUGCCUAAAAGUAAUCACCACGUCCCUCCUGUGGGACUAGUGUCAUAGCUAUGUUGUGGAAUAAAUUGUGACAACUAAACCGAAGAUGAUGAACGACAUAAUAGAAGAGCCUGAAAAGGACACACUCCUGGAGGCGCAGCAGGAACAACAAGUUUUGUCGGGACCAAGUAACAGCACAAGACCUAAGAUUCCAGAUGGAGGCAUCCGACCGGUGGAAAAGAGAGGACCUUACAUCAUGUCCAGAGCUCCAGCCAUCCACCUCAAACUACAGAAACACAGGGAGAUGGUGAGGAAAGCGCUAAAGAAGAAAGCCCUCUCUGCUGGUCCUCCAGUGUCACAACAGCCCAGACAGGGAGUCAAGAGGACGGUGAAGUUUAACAAGGGCUAUGCUGCUUUAAGCCAGAACGCUGAGGAAAUGUUGGUGGCGCUAGACUCAGACAGUGAUGAAGAGAUCGAUUUUGAGCAGUAUUCCUCAGGAUACUCUUCAGCCGAGGUCCAUCCUGAUUUAAGCAAGCAGCUGCUUCAGGAUGGCUACCACCUGGAUGAGAUCCCUGAUGAUGAAGACUUGGACCUGAUUCCCCCCAAAGCCAUGGGUUCUUCUAUGUGCUGCUGCUUUGAGUGCCCGUCUUGCCCCAUGCAGUGAUGUCGGUGCUGUGACUUGGACCUUCUGAAGGUCUGAUUCUUUAUUCAGCUCGCUAGUCUCUUGGGCCAAAGCUCUUCUUUCUGAUGCAGCUCAGCUGCUGCAUGUUGCCUGAGGAAAUCCAGCUCUGAGGCCUGAAGCUGGACUGCAAACAUUGAACCCUGAGAUCGCUCAGCUUCAGUGAGAAUGCAGGAGGACAUGAGAGCAAGCCUUAUCCACUGUGACUCCAAAGCCUAACUAAUUGUAUUUAUUUAUCAUGUUCUUACAGCAUUACACAAAACUGUAACUAUGACACUAGUCUGUGUUGAGUGAUGGAGUAUUUUGACAUUCUUGAUAAGAAUGUUGACUCAAGGAGGAGCUGGCUGGUUUAUUUCCUCCAUGGUGAGCAGGUCUGUAACCCCCUAGAAAGUAUGAAAGUCUGUGUGGAAAGUUUAACCCUUUGACAAAUCUGAAAUGAUCAACUGUUUAUCUGCAACUGUUACAUGAUAUAUUGGCCCCUCAUGGGAAUACUGGCAGCACCUGAGUGCACAAUAGUAGUCUUAGUUUAAUUUUUACUUCCUUUGUCAUUAUAAUCUACAUCUAAUUCUCUCUCUCAAAACUCUAAAUAGAUGUAGCACCUGUUUCAACAAAUACAACUCAGAACAAAACUGCAACAUACUAAGAAGCACUCCAUUUAUACAUUUGGCACAUUGUACAGCUGCUGUUUAAGGUUCAAAAUGUAGUUCUGAUGACUGUGCUUAAAUUGAGGAUUAUAUUUGGAUCUUGUCAUUCACCUUGGCACAGAUCUACAAUUUAAAAAAACAGACGUAUUGAAGAGACUGAAGAUCGACAAAAUGAUUCCUAAAGGUAAAUUUCUUUUGAUUUGUGUAGUAUUUUGGUUUAAACAGCUCCUAAGAAAACCUGUCUCCACAUCAGAUUUGAGUUACAUUAUUUAUUUAUCAUUGUAUUUAAGUGUAUGCUAAAAUACUUGUUACAAGUUAUUUACAGUUCUAAUAUAAUUUACAUUUAGUGUUAGUAUUCAUACAUUUAUUUGCUUUGUGUUCUGAUGCUUGUGACUUCCAACACUUCAGAACAUAUUUGUCAUUGAUAUUAUAGCAUUAAUUGUUUUCACUUUUGGAUGCAUUUUAAAACUAUCAUCACCAACUGUUUGCCAGAGAUGAAGAGACUUUCCCGUCUCAGGAGGUUUUUAUGCGCAGAUGCACAGAGAUUGGAUAGACUUUUUCAUAUAUAUUUCAAAUUUAAUUUGAAAAUUACACAACUGCUCAAGAGAAUAAAAUAAUGCGGGCAGGAUAUAAACCUUCCUAUGUACUGUUGCAUAUAUGCACAGCAAAACACUUCACCACAUUGAGGAAGUAUAGGACUAGAACAAAAACAAAAUUCUGUGCAAGGACAAUGUAGGAAGAGCUGAAAGCGGGUCAUAAAUCCUGAAUUGGAGAAUUGAGAUAUGCAGCAUAACCUCCUUGCAUUUCAGUUUAAGGCGGGUUUCUGGUUUGAGCAGACUGCUUUAUAUGGACCUUCUAAAUUUAUUUUUUAACCCCAUUUCUUGCUCUGUGUUGUGUUUUGAUGUAGAUUAAAUUUUGCACUUAACACCAAUUGCCAGUAGCAAGUACACUUGACUCACCUGUACUAUGCAACUAUGGGACAAUCUGCUUGUUGUACAACAUUGUGACAAGGUUGUGUUAUUGAGUGCUGAAUGCAAUAAAUAAAUGUUUUGUUGUUUGUUUUACAACUGUAAAUACUCUGUUCCCAUUGUACUCUGUUGGUUUACAUUAUAAAUAAAAAAUUCAAUUAA